CACAGUAUAUCAUAAUACAUAUACAGUAGUACAUUCUAUAUUGCAUAAAUUAUGGGAAAUUAGACCCUUUUGUUUUUUUUUAUUAUUAGUUUUUGUCACAUAUUCUGUGAUUUAUACAUAUAUAAAUGUAUUGUAUUUCAUCAACUUGAUGCAACUUCGUUUUAUUAAGUCUCUCCUCUAUGAACAACCAGUUCUCAUUACUCCUUAAUCAGUAAGUUUUUAUUUUAUUUUAUUUUUUUCAGAGGGAGAGAAAACGAGAGAAAAUGGAGCUUACUCAACAUGGUUUUUUCGAGGAAUUACUAGCUCCAAGAAGAGAUAAUUGGAGCAGCUUCUCAAGUGGGUUGAGUGAUCAAUUCUACCCAAGUGGAUGGAGCUUUGAUUCAUUUGAAGAAAACCCAGUUCUGGCAAUCUCAAACCCUCCAUUUGCUGGGUUCUCUAACCCAACUGAGCCCAACUCUGAAUGCCCUUUUGUUGAGCAAACCUUGUACCCUUUUGUUGACCAUGGAUCAGUAGUACUAAUGCCAGAGCUGGAUUCACCGUACACCAAGAACAACAAUGAUACGCCGUCGUUUCCAUCACAAGAAGACUACCCUUCAAUGGUGGAGGAUGAGGAGUUUGGGUUUCUUGGAUGUGAAAAUCAGAGCUGUUUGGAAGAGAACAAAAAUAUUAGCGGUUGCUGCAAAGUUGAAAUGGAACAACAAACUACAGAGCUCCCUGCUUUCAACAUAGGCCUUUGUAGUGGAGAGAAAAAGACCACUACUUCUAGGCCUAAAAAGUUAGAAGGCCAACCUUCCAAAAAUCUCAUGGCAGAAAGAAGAAGAAGAAAGAGAUUAAAUGACCGCCUUUCCAUGCUCAGAUCAAUAGUGCCUAAGAUAAGCAAGAUGGACAGAACAUCUAUACUUGGAGACACCAUAGAUUACAUGAAAGAGCUUUUGGAAAGAAUAAGCAAGUUGCAAGAAGAAGGAAUGGAAGAUGGGAACAAUCAAAUCAAUCUAUUAGGCAUAUCCAAAGAGCUAAAACCCAGUGAAGUAUUAGUCAGAAACUCUCCCAAGUUUGAUGUGGAAAGGAGAGAUAUAGAUACCCGGAUUGAUAUAUGCUGUGCAGCCAAACCAGGAUUGUUGCUCUCAACUGUGAACACUCUGGAAGCACUAGGACUUGAGAUUCAACAGUGUGUUAUAAGUUGCUUUAAUGAUUUUUCAAUGCAAGCUUCAUGUUCAGAGGGAGCUCAAGAGAGGACAUUGAUUAGUUCUGAAGACAUAAAACAAGCCAUAUUCAGAAAUGCAGGGUAUGGAGGAAGAUGUUUGUAGGAGAGAAGAAACUAGAGAGGAGAUCAUGAGAAACAAUAAUAUAAUUAUUAAUAAUAAUAAAAGAGUUUUCUUUGAAAAGUUUGAAAAAAAUUUGUGCAUCUUUUUUACACUCUUCAAGAAACUCAUUUCCAAGUCACAAGUUGUGUUGACAACUUCUGUCUUCUUGAAAUAAUUUAUGUGCUUCUAUCUGAUCCGUUUCUUAGCUUACCAUGUAAAUUAUCUACUCAAAUUGGAGUAAUCUUUUAACACAAAAGGAUCAUUUAGUUCAUAUCUAACACAUUAAUCAAUGUAAUGUUAUUUAAAUAAGAUAUUGAUGCUACUCUUUUUUCUCUUUUUCUUCAA